AUGGCUGUGCAUGUACUAUCACAAAGGUGGGAUGUGAAAUGGGUUGCUGGAAAGGUUUUCAUUGCUUUGCUUCUUGUUACAGUCUCCGCUAAGAACACAACCUUAGAAUCCAAUGAGACCACAGGGGUUGGUACCGGUUAUUAUGCUAAAGUAUUUUACAAACACACUUGGCCGAGCAUGGAAUAUGGGUGGAAAAUAAUAGUGGGCACCAUGGUUGGAUUCCUAGGAUCAGCAUUUGGGAAUGUGGGAGGUGUUGGUGGGGGUGGCAUCUUUGUGCCCAUGCUAACCCUCAUUAUUGGAUUUGAUGCAAAAUCAGCAAUAGCAAUAUCAAAAUGCAUGAUUACGGGUGGAGCAACAGCAACUGUUUUCUACAAUUUGAGGCAAAGACACCCCACCCUUGAUUUGCCUGUGAUUGACUAUGACUUGGCUCUUCUUUUUCAACCAAUGUUGAUGCUUGGAAUCAGUAUUGGAGUUUCUUUCAAUGUGAUUUUUCCUGACUGGAUGCUAACAACCUUGUUAAUAAUAUUUUUCACCGGAAUUUCAGUUAAAUCCUUCUUUAAGGGUGUUGACACAUGGAAACAAGAAACCCUUAUCGUGAAGGAAGCUAGGAAGAAUUCACAGAUUGAUGGUAGGGGCGGAUCUACAUAUAUUGGAAGUCCUGAAGAUGCUGCACAUUAUAUUCAAACAGGAGACCCGGUCAAGGACAAUACCAAUCAAUCAAGGAAAAAAGUUUCUGUCAUUGAGAAUAUUCAUUGGAAUGAACUUGGACUUCUUUUCGCUGUCUGGAUCAUGAUACUUGCAUUAGAGAUUGGAAAAAAUUACACAACAACUUGCUCUGGGGUAUAUUGGGUGAUCAAUCUACUGCAGGUCCCCAUAGCUGUAGGGAUGAGUUCAUACCAGGCUAUGCGACUAUACAAAGGACAGAGAAUCAUAGGAUCCAAGGGAGAUCAACAAACAAAUUGGCGAGUGUUGCAGUUAAUUCUAUUUUGUGCUUGUGGCAUACUUGCCGGCACGAUUGCUGGUUUGUUAGGCCUUGGUGGAGGAUUCAUCUUGGCACCCCUUUUUCUUGGAAUAGGAAUCCCUCCUCAGGUGGCUAGUGCUACAUCCAUUUUGGCAAUGGCAUUUUCUGCAUCUAUGGCAGUGGUGGAAUAUUACCUUCUCAAACGUUUCCCAAUUUCUUAUGCUCUUUACUUUGUAGCUGUAGCCACUGCUGCUGCACUUGUUGGGCAGCAUUUGGUGAGAAAGGUGAUUGCCAUAUUGGGGAGAGCAUCUGUGAUCAUUUUCAUCUUAACUCUCACACUUUGUGUUAGUGCAGUUUUACUAGGUGGAGUAGGCGUUGCAAACAUGAUCAAGAGGAUUGAAAAUAAGGAGUACAUGGGGUUUGGAAACCUUUGCACGUACAAGGUUCAAAAAUAAAGUUCAUGAUGCCUAAUAUUUAAGGCCAGGGCUCUUUACUUAUACUGUAGUUUUGUAUGUAUACCGACGGUAACGAAGACCAAAUCUAAGUUCUUGUGUAUAUGCUUUAACCCUUAAACUAUUAGGGCAAUUCUAAUGAAUAUAUAUUGUCGGGAUGUGUAUUAAA